UACAUGCUUUUCAACUUCUUUUGUGGCUUUGAACAACACCUCCUUCAUCUGGAAAGUUGGGAUCUCACGACUUUCCAAUCCCUCAAAGGUUCCCUUCACAGCACCCAAAAUCAGAUGUGUGGAACAAACAGCAUCCAGAUCAUGCACAAGGAUGUCACCUUCCUCCUCCACAACAAAAUCCCUGAAUAUAUGAUUCCCUUUGUUGACGACAUCCCCAUCCACGGCCCACCAAUGUGA